GCCCAAGCCAGCAUGCAUAUGGUGGCUGAUGUGUUCGAGUGGACAACCAGCACGUUGGAAAUCUUGGAGCGGCUGGAGUACCCAGAGCAGUUUGAGAGGGAGCAGAUUCCACUCUCACCGAAAGCAAAAUAAAUGCUUGAUGACUGGACCAAGGGUGGAGAAGCCAUUUCUGUCAAAGGGACUGUCGACCAUGCCAACACUUGUCUUCUUCUGAUGCGGCUGCAAAUCAGAGGCUGUAAUCCAGCUAUCCGUGACCAGGUGAAAACCGAGCUGAAAGAGAGCCUUGCUAACUGGCAGGAAACUGGCCUGGAGCUGAAGAGCAACGUGUCCAAAGACCUACUCAAGCAGCUGUUUCUCGUUCUGGACGGCAAUAAGCCCGAAGAGAUUGUGCCAGCCUACUUCCAACCAUUAGUAUUUGAUGAUACAGUCGGCGCUGCUUCGCUAUCCAAGACAGUAUCAACUGUCUUCGGAGCAUACCAGAGGGGAGCGCACAGAACAGACCAGCUAGAGAGAUCAUUCCGUGAAGAUCCUAACAAGAAGGCCAGAAAGCCAAACCUCAGGAAGGAUACGCAAAACUACGACUUCAAAUGACCAGUUUCCAUCCUACUUUCAGUAGUCCUACGAGGAAAACAUGAACUCCUUGAAGAACACUGACCAAUGUGCUGUGUAGCAAAUAGGUAGGGACUAGGCUCUGUGCCACUGUCGCUUAGUUCAUGUCAUGUCACAACGGCAAGUAGUGCCAUUAGGUAGGGAAUAUGCUAUGUGCCACAGCUUUGUGUUUUUGACUUCGGUUCACUAACCUUUUUUGUUUGGCAUUGAACAGUUUUUGGUUUGCAUAGCAUUGUUUUUGGGUUGCAUUUGAUACAAACACCGUCUGCAUCUUUGAAAACCCUCUUUGUUGGAAGAUUCUCCAUUUGUUAGUGUUUGUCUUCGUUUAACAUGUAUAUUACUCAGUAUGUCGUAAUUGGACACCGCUCGCUUAUCCUUACCUUGUGCGUUUUCACUAUUUGUAACGUGGCUCCUCUUCUUCAGUUUUCGUUCUAUCUCUCUGGCAGGGGCAGCCACCACCCGUCUGGUGGGUGCCAGCAUCCUCUGGCAGUUGCGCUGGGACUCUACGAUA